GCUACUAGUCACCGAAAAGCUCAGUCCACUUUUCCUCAAACCCGCAGCGCAGCUUUUACCGGACCCCAGGACGAUGGUACAGAAAAGCUUAUUGACACUAACUCUGCUCCUCAUCUGCGGGGCUGGAGCUGUGACCCUCGAUCCACCGGCAACCCUACCCUCCAUCGGCCAAAUCAACUGUAUCAGUCAGGGGCAACUGGGCACGCUUGCCGCAUACGUUAAAAAAGUAGUCGCCGAAUACUUCGCCUUUAAGGAUCCGGCCUGCGCAGGAGCCUUCGCGAUCUUGGAUAAGGCCAGAUUAGCGGCGGAGACUUUCCAACCUGUAAAUGCCGCAAAGUUGACGCUUGAAUUAGACGGUGCCAAGGCCGCCUUACAGGGGCUCUGCGAUGGGGCGACUGCGAUCAUCGACAAACUGGAGGCCGAGGCGUUAUUCACAAUUGCCGAAGUGGCGGCCGGCGCUCCAUGCAAUCCAGUGGACCCGGGCUUCAAUUUUACAGAUGUAUUCGACUAUUCGGGGCUACUCCAAUUGAAUAUCUCUUGUAUUCCCACACCUGUCACAUGUACAUGUGUCAAAGCCACGCUUGGAAAUCCGUGUCCUUGCGACUGCGGUGAGCUCUGAUUGUGAUGGGCUUAGGACACAAUUUUAUGGAUCUGACCACCUUCUCCAAUCACGAUGAUCACGAUGAUGACGUUUUUGAAGCGUACAGCAACUCCCAGUGGGUAGGUAUUCUAAAUCGGUGAUCCCAAGCGUGCGAACCUCCCCCGUACCGGCACGGACCACAUACGGACUAAAACUUUGUAGUAAAACGCUUUCCUAGCUUAACUGCCGUGCUGAGGAAGAACGCCGUAUGAACAUUCGAGAGUUGCCAAAUUUCCCUUGAUUAAACAUGUAUUUUUGACAGCAUUCAUGCGUAUUUUUCCUUGAAAUUUUCAGAUAUUUUAGAUUCAAUUGCGUACAAAAUUGUCUGAAAAUUUCGGAAACAAAUAUUCACAAAUGUCACCAUUUUUUCGGCUUUAAUUGAAGGGAACUUGGCAACGCCCGAAGGCUCAUACGGCAUUUUUCCUUAGCUUUAGUUAACUUGUCCGUACGCGUGACGUCACAAAAUGACGAAACAGCCAAUGGCAGAGCGGAGAGCAGCAGAGCGUGUACGGAUUUCAAACACGGAGCACCCGGGAACACUGUUCUGGAUUCAAGGGAGUCUACAACCUAGGUACUUAGACGCCAUCUCGGAGAUUUUAUCACAUGAUAGCGUUUUAAUAAAACAUUGUGGAAAUAGUA